GUACCGGUCUCUGAGCACGGUCAAGACGCGGGACUUCCUCAUCGGCCUGGUCAUCGGCUUCUUCCUGGUCUGUGUGCUGACCGGUCGCAACGUGGUGUCCAAGAUUCCGGCCGUCCACUGGAAUGUCCAGAACCCGCUGACCGGCCAGGCGUCUAUGUACCAGAGCAACGGCGCCCUGUGGAUCAACCGGGAUGUCUAUGCGCAGAGCAGGGGCGGGGCGGCGGAGGGGCCCCCGAGGAAAAACUCCACUCGCGUGUUGAUCAAGACUGAGGCCGAGUACCUGAUGGAAAAGGUUCGAAUCCUGGUGUGGGUGAUGACCACGCCCAAGAACCUGGCCACGAAAGCCGCAGCGGUGAAGGAGACGUGGGGAAAACGUUGUAACGUACUCAUCUUUUUCAGGCAGACGACGACACUUUUGUGAUUCCGGAGAACUUGCGUCACUUCCUGUCGGACAAAAACACGUCGGAGCCGAUCCACUACGGACAUCUGUUCCGACCAAAUGUGGAGCAAGGCUACUAUAGUGGAGGCGGGGGCUAUGUGGUGAGCAAGGAAGCUCUGCGUCGGUUCGGCAGAGAGGCCAUCAACUCCACCGUGUGUCCGGAGGACGGGAAGGACGAGGACGUGGACUGGGGGCUGUGCAUGGAGAGGCUGCAAGUGAAGACCUCUCCGUCCGUCGACAAGGAAGGGAGGACACUCUUCCACCCUCUCGCCCCAACGUUACAUUUCCUCGGGAAGCAGGGGAGCUGGCUUCAAAGAUUCUCAGCCAUUUUGGCAACGGGGUAUGGAGUGAGUCCAGAGGCAAUCUCUUUCCACUAUGUGUCCCCGGAGCAGAUGCGAGUCCUGACCUUCUACCUGUACCACUGGCGACCCUACGGACUUCUGGAGGAGCAUGAUGAUGUGGACGCCCAGCAAGGGAACACUUCCUAAAUCUGUUUUUGACCAAUUCAUGUGGCUUUGGUGUAGGAUGGUAUUAUAUGUGUACACAGUCCCGUAUCUGAAUGAUAAGGACAGUAUCGUAUGUGUACGCACUAUUGUAUAUAUGUACAGUACAAUGUACGUGCACAGAAGGUUAUAUGACAUUUUAUUCAAAUGAGGACAGUAUCAUAUGUGUACAUAAUAGCGUUUGUAUGUACGACAUAAUACAGUACUGUAUGUGUACACAAUUACGUUUUUAUGUACAAGAUAGGACAGUGUUGUAUGUGUACACAAUACGUGGAGCUGCAUGGUGGAAUGAGGCCCUUGUCAAUUUUUGGGCAUGUGGAGUUAUUGGUAUAAUCUUAAAGCUUGUUCAUUUGUCUUGCUU